CUGAAUGUUAUUUGGUAUGGCUCAUCUGAAAAAAGAUUUCCCAUUCCAGCUGCGUCCACCACAGGCGAUUUCCAUGACUGUAACGUCAAUGGCUAUGGCCAUGGCCACGAGCUUGAGAGUCUUUCAUCUCUCAUUUCCGAAGAGUCACGUCAGGAUAGGCGAGCAGGCUCAAGGGCCAGCUAGCUUUGGGUGGAGUCGCAAAAUAUAUAUCAUGGAUCAAAGGGACUUACGGGUGUUGUCGAAGCCUGCACUCGCAACUGAGGGGACGCUCAGUACAUAUCUUGCUCAUGAGAUGUAAAUCUACAACUUGAGAGCUGAGAGAGACCAGAUGUCCCUUGUUGCGAACGCUUCCCUGCUGUCAAUCGAUGCUCGCGAAAGUAUCAUCCGGAGAAGCAAAAGAUGCUACAUCCCCGACGAUUCUACAUGAUUGUGAUUACUGCAGUACUGCAGUGCUGUAGGGCAAUCUCGGAAGAAAAUGUUUUCGAAGCCCACGUCCCGACCCCUGAUUUGUUUGACUAAGUCUUGGCGUGUUUGUUGCGUUCGACGGGUUAAGGAAUGCCGCGACCUCUAUAAGAAGGGAACAUCCGCUUCACUCGUCCGUCAAAGCUGCUUUCUAGCCUCAAAGCGACCUCAAAGCAAGAGCAAUUCAAGCAACCAAUUCCAAGCCUUCUGCCUUCUGUUUCUGACAGUUCAAACACGCAAUGCAUCUGCUGUUCCCAUCGACAUUAGGCAUGGCGAAUUUGCUUGUCCUUUUGACAUUUGGAAAGCUAUUCGGUGGUUGAGCCCGGGCCGCUGAGCAGUGUCUCAAGAAUGCUCACAUUCAACAAACGCUCAAUCUGACCCUGCCAACGUUAUGGCGCUCUUCUGAUGGGAGUCAAGCGCUCUGCGAAAGCGUUCUGAUCUCGAAAGCGUUUGGCUAAGGUGGCUCAACGCAAAAUCCUCAGCAUUACACGUUCGGCCAGAAUAACGAAGCUGGAAGCUCAAGUUUACAAUUGAAGCAGCACUUUUGGCGUGACGAUUAUCACUCUUGCUCGUGUGUCGAGGAGGACCAAUUUCCACAGCUGUACAUUAGUGAUCAGAGCAAUCUGAAGAAUGAUCUUGCUUCUUUGCAGAAAGAUUGCGCAAGAGGUGGAUGGGUGUCAACUUUAGUGUACUCGAAAAUGAACCAGACGGAAAGGUCAAGGAAGCUUUGAUAGUGACUAUGGCCUCAGACAAGGAGGUGAAAUGCAAGUAGCAAGUGAAUGCAAGUCAGUCUGAAGAGGUAGAAUAUCCAGCUCCUUG